UUAAAUACUACGUCGGCUGGGCUAUGCUCCUGCAGUUUAUGGAUUGUAUCGCCUUCUGGGUUCUAUCGAUUCUAAGCCUCAGCAUUAGUUUCGACGAAAAAGCCGUUAGUACGAUAGUGUUGUUUAUGGUCGCUACCAGUGAAACAUUUGCCUUUUGUAAAUUGGGAUCCCAGCUAAAUGAUGAGAGUGAAGCUGUUGCAGACGCAGCCUUCCUGGCACAGAAGUACGACCUUGCAUUGAGCGACAAAAAAGCGCUUUCGUUAAUUAUUCAAAGAGCUCAGAAACCCGAGGGUAUCAAAAUGGUGGGAUUUCAGUAUUUGGAUAUUCAACUAUUUGGGAGUCUGGUUCAGAGAUCAUAUUCGAUUUUGAUGGUAAUAAGGGAUCAACUGUAAAUAGUUUACUAAUCGUGUAAUAAUAUAACUCAAAUCAAAAGUUUAGCUUGAGGCAGAACUAUUGCUUUCAAUAAUGCAAAUGAAGAAAAGAGAACAGAUUUAAAUGUGUCUCGAAAGAAAAUGCACCAAAAUUUGAUUUCACACGCGUCUUUUACGUUUCUUCGAGUAAACAUGAUUGAGGGUUUCAAAAAAUUAUAAACAAUGUAUAAUUACUGUACGUGCAUCAUAAUAUAUGUAUGUAUAUGUGAAUCCACCAUCAGUUCAAGGCAUUCCCAGUGUAUGGAGUUAGACUUACAGUAGAUCCGAGUUUGAUU